AUGUCCAACAUAGAGGUUUUGAUCAAUACUCUGGCCCCCGAUGCUGUUGUCAUCGAGGAGCCCAACGGUACUCUCUCCUCACUGGUAAGCAUCUUCCCAAAGGCAGAGUUUCUGUCAUCACUAGGCAAUCUAGGCAAGACGAAUCGCGGCGAGCUGGCCCGUCGCUUGUUCUUUAUUUGGGCAGGCUACGUUGUCCUACGAUGCAUCUACAACCUCUACUUUCAUCCUCUUCGUAAGAUCCCCGGUCCAUGGCUGGCGGCCAUGACGCCGCUCUGCGACUUUUGGUACGAUGCUGUCAAGAGCGGCAACUACCUCUGGGAGAUUCAGAAGAUGCAUGAGAAAUACGGCCCCAUUGUUCGCAUCAACCCCAACGAAGUUCACAUUGACGACCCGGAAUACUACCAAAACGUCUAUGUCGGCGGCACUCACCGCGUCAACAAGGACUCGUCUACCGUAGCCGGUUUCGGGGUCCCUGCAUCUGUAGCAGCCACUGUGAACCACGGACAGCACCGCUCCCGCCGCGGUUACAUGAACCCCUACUUCGCCAAGCGGUCCAUCGUUUCCAUGGAGCCCCAGAUUCACGAGCGUAUCACGGCCAUGCUGAACCGCCUCGACGGUGCCCGCAAGGAGGGCACCAAAAUCUCGUUGGACCUGGCGUUCUCCGCCAUGACGGCCGACAUCAUCACCCAACGCUUCUUCGGCUACCACUACGACUACCUCAGCAUCCCUAGCCUAGUUUCGCCCAUUCGUGAGGCCUUCAAGGGUGUUUCGGAAAUCUUCCACUGGACUCGCUUUGUGCCGUGGGCCAUCAAAUACCUCAAGAAGCUGCCCAUCCCCAUUAUCCGCCUCAUCUUGCCACCUGUUGCCGAACUUCUCCUUCUACAAGAAGACAUCAAGAUGAACAUCAAGAAGAAACUUGCCAGCAAGGAAGAUAGCUCCGCGUCCAAAUCAAUCAUGAUCGAGGCCCUCGGCGACCCGCACGUUCCUGCGCAGGAACGCACCAUGAAGCGUCUUGUAGAUGAAGGCCAGGUCAUUAUUUUCGCUGGAACAGAAACCUCGUCGAGAUCGCUCGCCGUCGGCAUGUUCUACUUGCUUGACAACAAGUCUCUCGUCACUAAGGCCCUUGUGGAGCUCUCCAAGGUGGACCACAUCCCCGACGAAGAGCUCACAAUGAAGGAUCUCGAGACACUGCCUUUCAUGACUGGCAUUGUUAAAGAGGCUAUCCGCCUUUCUUAUGGACCCAUCACCCGUCUUCCCCGCGUGUUCACCCACGAGACGCUUCAGUACAAGAACCAUGCCAUUCCCCCUGGAACGCCUGUAAGUCAGUCGACGUAUUUCGUGCACACUAACCCCAAGUGCUUCGCGGAUCCCUUCACCUUCAACCCAGACCGCUGGGUGGAGGCGGCCAAGGCAGGGUUUCCUCUCGAGAGGUACCUCACGAGCUUCACCAAGGGUUCCCGGCAGUGCCUCGGUAUCGGCUUGGCCCACGCCGAGCUGUACCUGACAUUCACCCGCGUUCUUCGCAACUUCGAUAUGGAUCUGGUGAACACGUCGGUCGCCGACGUCCAGGUCCACAACGUAUUGAUUAUCGGCCAGCCCAAGUUCGAGAAGGGCAAGGGUGAAGGACAGGGCGAGGUCGAGGUGAUGGUGACACGCAGGCUGAGGUCCUGA